AUGACUCGAGAUAGAUUUUUUGCUAUAAGAAGUAACCUUAAAAUCGUCAUUGAUGGCAGCAUCGCUGAAGAGGUACCCAGGUCUGACAAAUUUUGGAAAGUACGUCCUAUUAUAAAAGCAGUAUGGCAGGGGUGUUUGCAGCUACCUAGAGAGAAAGUGGUUGCUGCAGAUGAACAGAUGAUCCCAUUUGCAGCGACUUGUAAAAUGAAUCAGUUCGUUAGAGGAAAGCCAGAUCCAAAGGGCUUGAAAAAUUUUGUUGUUGCUGCCCCUGAUGGUCUUGUCGUAGACUUUGAAUUAUAUCAAGGAAAAAAUACUUUUCCAGAUGAUUCUGUAAAACGACUUGGUGUUGGACCUUUUGCUGUUGUUCGCCUUGGAAGGACAUUAUUUCUUGAAAGUCAUGUGUACUGCGAUAGAUCUUUCACGACAAUACCAUUUCUCGAAUAUCUUCGUCAACAAGAGAAAUAUUGUACUGGAACCAUUAUGAAAUCUCGUGUACCAGCGGCAGAAAAUUUAACUUCGAAAAAAAUGAUAGCCAGGAUAGGUAGAGGCAGCUCGGAACAAAUUGUAAGACAAGAUGGCGAAAUAGUAGUUGUACAAUGGUAUGAUCUUAAAUCUGUACUUUUGGCAUCUAGUGCUCUAGGAAUUCAACCUAGCGAUGCGUGUAAAAGGUGGUCUAUAAGAAAGACUCUAAAUACAGUCAGGUUAAAAGACCUUACGUUGUUGUUAAAUACAACGAUCGUAUGGGUGGAAUAG